AUGAGUCACAAGGGGCAUUGGGUGGAGGUGCCGCGAUCAAGAAGUCUGCCCGUCAAGCACACGGACGGCUCAAAAGAUCACGAGCGAAGGAGGAUAGAAAUCCUCAUGGAUUCAGACGAGUUGCGAGCAGCGUAUUUCUUGGCACAGUUCGACGAGACAGUGGCAUGCGAUCUCAGCACGACGGAAUACUGCCACACAACUACAUGCGAUACUUUGCCACUGACGUCGCCAACGUCAUCUCAACCGAUGUACCUCCCAGCCAAGUUACAAUGUGACUUGGCUGGGAUGUGGCGCGUAAGUGCAAUUGUCGUCCCCCUUCCAAAAGACUGGCUUCCAUAA